AUGCAUCCGAGCUCGAUCACCACUACACCUUUUUCAGUGAAGGAUAUUUUGAAGCUGAAGCAUCAGCAGGACUUUGAAAAUGAUUUUUUGACGUCUGAUCAAGUUGUACCCGGUCAGUAUCAGCACGUGCACGGUGCGCUCCGGUGCAGAGACAUGUUUGACCAGCAGACUGAGCUGCAGGAGAAGCACGAGACGCACAACUCGGCAGCGAAGGACGAGAUGACUGAACAUGGUGAGAUGAUUUCAACGUUAUAAUUUGGUUAUGUCAGGUAUAUGUAUCAUCAAAAAAGAGAGAAACCCCCAAUUUAUCAUAAGACCAAAGUUUAAUUGAUCAUAAGAAACUUAAAAUUAGUAAUAACCAUCACUAUCGCUGGGUGAUUUUCACCGGAAAUAAUAUACCCAAGAAAAAGUACUUGUCAUGAGCAUAUAUCAAAAUAGGACAAUACAUGACAAAUUAAAGUAGUUUUCUUUUAUUUUGAACUGUGCAAUGUCCAAAGGGCGGUAAAAAAGUGCCAAAAAAUGUAACCCAGUAACUGAAAUUAGGCAUUCAUGAACAAAAAAUUCCUAAUUUUUUUUUUUAAUAUAAACUGUAAAUGUAGUUUCUUUUCCACCCAUUCCUGGGGCAUGUGAGUCUUUCCUGGUAAAGACUCAGGGUCCUUGGCACAAUAACAGCUGCAGAAGAGAGAACCACAAUAUGGCAUAUUUUAAGUGAGGAAAAAUGACCAGCUGACUAAAACAUUUCUUAUCACCAUAUGAAUCAUCUUUUAAAACCACUAAACAUAGCAUGCAAAUUCCAGGACCACUCCUACCGACCUUAUUCCCUACAUGCAGCUAUCAAAUCCACCCAAACCUACUUUACCCUCUAUCUCUAAAAUCACCCUGUGAACACGUGCCUGUAGAAAAAAAGCAGGUUUUGGAUCAGGGAAACAAAUAAGUCUUCAAAGAUGUCAGAGGCAAAGCUGAAUCUACCCAGGGACCCAUGACACUCAGACAAACGCAACAUAAUGAAAAUCACGUAAACAUAUUUGGUGAUAGUGUUCUAGGGUUAAAAAAGAAAACCUGCAUUUUUCACACUCGAAAUUAGAGCUCAUAAAUAUCAGUGUCCAAAAUUUUAAUAAAACUGUUCUGAAAAAAAAAUUCUGGUUAAACCUUUAAACUUAAAAAUCUAAAAUCAAAACGACUUCUUCCAAUAGGAAAACUUUAUUUAUUUAUUUAUUAUGUCUUUAUUUCUUCAUGGAUUUUGAUAAAGACCACGUUCUUCCUCUAACUUGGAGAGCUGAAACCUUUAAAAGCUUCAUUACAAAGUACCCAGACAUUUUCAAUAAAAAAAACCCCAGGUCACUAAAGUUAAAUAGUUCUGCUUUGCUGAGAGACAAAAGAAAAUUAGUUUAAAUAAAUCAUGGCUUUUCUUUCUCCUGACAACCUAAAGAUGGUCACCCAUGCAUUUAUUCCUUGCAGAGAUGUAAUGCACUUGAGGAAGCAAACUCAGUGUUCUCCUAUAUAUAAUUCUCUUCUUAUAAACUGGCCUGUUACCCCAGUUUUAACAGUCUUGUCUUAAUUAUAUGCUUCAUUGUGAGUGUAUUUUUAUUUUUAUUUUGCUUAGCACCUAGUAGCCCAUCUUGUCGAUUUAGAGUACCAUCUAAUGAUAAUACAUCAAAUAAUGUUAUCUCUGACAAUAAGAAAAAGAAAGAUUAUCAUAUAUACUCAAAAAUUUUCCUUACAGCUUGAUAACCCAAAUCUCAUUAAAAGUUAAAUGUUGUUUAAUCGCUUUUAAUAGUUUUUAUAUGUAGAAAAAUCUUGAGUCAAAAAGUUAAAACUGCAUUAAACUUUAGAUUUUUCCUGACUGUACAGAGACCAGCGGAGUUGACAGCUCACCUGACAGUAACAACAGCUCCAAGUCCAGAUCCAGGCUGCGCAGGAAGCCCCGGGUCCUCUUCUCUCAGUCCCAGGUAUCCGAGCUGGAGCGCCGCUUCAGACAGCAGCGUUACCUGUCCGCCCCGGAGAGAGAGCACCUGGCCCACGUCCUCAAACUCACCUCCACGCAGGUCAAAAUCUGGUUCCAGAACAGGAGGUACAAAUGUAAACGCCAAAGACAGGACCAGUCUCUGGAGCUGGCGGGGUUUCCCACGGCACCUGUGCGGAGGGUGACGGUGCCGGUGCUGGUGCGGGACGGGCACCUGUGCGGGGCAGGUUCAGCUCCUUAUAACGUGACUCUUGGACAUCAUCAUAAUUCUGUGUUUGGAUAUGGAAACAGCAGCGUGUACAAUUACCACAGCGUGUCUCCUGCUGCACAAAUAACCAGUCAUAACCAGCUGGUGGAGUUCACAGGUAACAGCGAGGGGCCAUAUAACCACGGACACUUUCAGACUUCAUUGCAGAGUGUCAGGGGCUGGUGA